GUAAACACACAUUCCGUUGUUGUUGUUCUGUGUUUUCGUUUGGCGUGCGGUAAAGCUAAAAAAAUAGUUUAAAGUGAUCAAUAUCACUUCGAAUCUGGAUAGAAAAUGGAUGACGAGGAAGUAUCGUUUCAGUCAAAAAAACGGGAUGUCAAGAAAGGACGGAGAGCUCGGCAGGAACAAGCGGAGAAUGAUACAAAGCCAAAUGGUGACAUCAACGGUGACGAACCAGUAAGCGAUGUUGGAAAUGACAGAAGGUCGCCAGGUCCGCCGUCAAAACCAACAAGACGACAGGGUGGAUGGGCUGAUGAGACCUUAAAAUCAAGAGAAUCGGAGGUUGACGAAAAAGGAAAUGUUUCAAAAUUUAAAGACUCUACCAGUCCACCUAAUCAAGCUGAUUCUGAUGAUGACAUGCCUGUAAUACCAGAUCUUGACGAUGUCGAAGAGGAAGACAUGGCCACACAAAUUGCAGCGCCUCCUAGUGUUCAGGUUAACAGAGUAGCUACAUACCGUGAACUUGACAAUGAUCUCCUAAAACAUUCCCAACUUUUAACGCUUGAUAAUGAAAUAGAUUUAAAGCUGCUGACUAAGGUGUUAUCAGCAGAAUCGGAAGUUGUGGAAGAGGACAAGCCAUGGGAUUGGGAUCGUAUCUUCACAGAAAUAUCAUCGGAUUUACAAAAUGAAUGGGACAAAGAAAACCAAGUGAAAUAGUGCAAUAAACAGUGUAGUAGAUACUAGAGCCCACAUUCAAUCCAUCCAUUCCUAUUAAACUUUCAACAUCCUGAAGUGUCUAUCAUUGAUUAGCGGUGAUGAUUCCUAUAAACUAUAGAGCAAAAGUUUGUAAAACAUUUUUAUACUGUAUAAGCCUUCCCAAAAAUUGGUCUAAUUUUUAAAUGUUAUUUAUUUUCAUCAUCGUCAACAAUCAGCUGAAUUUUGUAAAACCAAACUUUCAUUCCAGUUCAAAGGUAUCGUUUUUGUAUUAUAAUGAUUGAUAGCUCGCUUUGAGUUGCAGCCAUUAAAUACUUGAACCAAUAUCAUCUUAAAUUACGAAUAUUUUAGGUUGUUAGGUAUCACCUUGAUUAAAGCUAGGCUAGUUUAAAAAGUUGUAAAUAUCAGUGACUUGUACAUGUAUGAUCCAGUGUACUGUAAUAUGUAGUUGAUACCCUUUUCAUUGAAUCUUAACAUGAUGUGUAUCGAUAAAGUUUAUAGCCUAUUUACACAGAGUGCAAUAGCAGCACAUGACAGAAACAACAUUUUUCCUGGCUUGUUCUGCAGUAGUCCACAUGCUCAGAAGAAUGAUUCAUAAUACUUUUUGAUGCAUGGGAGUUUUCGGAAAUUAAAAAUUAUUCAUAAAGAAUAUAAUAUGUUAUAUUUUGUUUGUUUAUUUAUUAUUUAUUGCCCUCAUCAAAACAAAACAAACCAGUACAUAAAAACACACAAAAAUGAGAGCAAGAGGAUAACCCUAUAAGCUCUAUGAGCUUGUUUCCAUAGGGGUCCUCCUGCUGCUGUCGUGCUCUGUAUAAUAGGCAUGUUGGCAUAAUUAAGUCCAAAUUUAUCUUCAUGACUCGUUAAAUCCAAAUGAAAGCCCCUCAGAAACCCUUAAUAAACGCCCCAGGGCAUUAAUUUGAAUAAAUACGGUACUGCAUAGUAAUUUUUGUAUUGUACAUUGGUCUGCGUA